GGAGCGAGGCGGGGCCUAGGGGAUUGGCUGCGCGGCGGCCGCGGGCUGACGUGGCGGGGCCGGCGUGUGGGUCUUGCAGAGCUGCUCACAGAACAGAGUAGAGGCGGCGGCCCGGACCCAGACUGGCAGUGAGGCGCCAGACCCCGAGCCGCUGCAAUGCCGCUGGAGCUGGAGCUGUGUCCCGGGCGGUGGGUAGGCGGGCAACACCCGUGCUUCAUCAUUGCCGAGAUCGGCCAGAACCACCAGGGCGACCUGGACGUGGCCAAGCGCAUGAUCCGCAUGGCCAAGGAGUGUGGGGCUGAUUGUGCCAAGUUCCAGAAGAGUGAGCUAGAAUUCAAGUUUAAUCGGAAAGCCUUGGAGAGGCCAUACACCUCGAAGCAUUCCUGGGGGAAGACGUAUGGGGAGCACAAACGACAUCUGGAGUUCAGCCAUGACCAGUACAGGGAACUGCAGAGGUACGCUGAGGAGGUUGGGAUCUUCUUCACUGCCUCUGGCAUGGAUGAGAUGGCAGUUGAAUUCCUGCAUGAACUGAAUGUUCCAUUUUUCAAAGUUGGAUCUGGAGACACUAAUAAUUUUCCUUAUCUGGAAAAGACAGCCAAAAAAGGUCGCCCAAUGGUGAUCUCCAGCGGGAUGCAGUCGAUGGACACCAUGAAGCAAGUCUAUCAGAUCGUGAAGCCCCUCAACCUCAACUUCUGCUUCUUGCAGUGUACCAGUGCGUACCCGCUCCAGCCUGAGGAUGUCAACCUGCGGGUCAUCUUGGAAUAUCAGAAGCUCUUUCCUGACAUUCCCAUAGGGUAUUCUGGGCAUGAAACAGGCAUAGCGAUAUCUGUGGCCGCAGUGGCUCUGGGGGCCAAGGUGUUGGAACGUCACAUAACUUUGGACAAGACCUGGAAGGGGAGUGACCAUUCGGCCUCACUGGAGCCUGGAGAACUGGCCGAGCUGGUGCGGUCAGUGCGUCUUGUGGAGCGUGCCCUGGGCUCCCCAACCAAGCAGCUGCUGCCCUGUGAGAUGGCCUGCAAUGAGAAGCUGGGCAAGUCUGUGGUGGCCAAAGUGAAAAUUCCGGAAGGCACCAUUCUAACAAUGGACAUGCUCACCGUGAAGGUGGGUGAGCCCAAAGGCUAUCCUCCUGAAGACAUCUUUAAUCUGGUGGGCAAGAAGGUCCUGGUCACUGUUGAAGAGGAUGACACCAUCAUGGAAGAAUUGGUAGAUAAUCAUGGCAAAAAAAUCAAGUCUUAAAAAUAAAGUGCCAUUCUCUGAA